AUGUACUUCUUCCUCCUCAGCCACUCCCUCCUUGACGUGGGCUCCAUCUCCACCACCAUCCCCAAAUCCAUGGCCAAUUCCCUUUGGGACAACAGGGCCAUUUCCUACUCUGGAUGUGCUGCCCAGGUCUUCCUGGUAACAUUCUUCCUUUCAGCAGAGUUUUCGCUCCUCACAGUCAUGGCCUGUGACUGCUGUGUUGCCAUCUGCAGACCCCUGCACUACGGGACCCGCCUGGGCAACAGAGCUUGUGUGAAAAUGGCAGCAGCUGCCUGGGUCAGUAGGUUUCUCAAUGCUCUCCUGCACACUGGGAACAUAUUUCCCACACCUCUCUGCCAAGGCAAUGUUCUGGACCAUUUCUUCUGUGAGAUCCCCCAGAUCCUCAAGCUCUCCUGCUCACACUCCUACCUCAGGGAAGUUGGACUGAUUGUGGUUAGUGCCUCUCAAGUCUUUAUGUGUUUCAUUUUCAUUGUGCUGUCCUAUGUUCAAGUCCUCAGAGCUGUGCUGCGGAUCUCCUCUGAGCAGGGCCACCACAAAGCCUUUUCCAUGUGCUUCCCGCACCUGGCCGUGGUUUCCUUGUUUGUCAGCACUGCAUUUUUUGCCUACCUGAAGCCUCCCUCCAUCUCAUUGCAAACUCUGGAUCUAGUCCUGGCCAUUCUGCAUGAGGUGGUUCCUCCAGCAGUAAACCCCGUAAUCUAUAGCAUGAGGAACAAGGACCUCAAGGAUGCCCUGAGGAAAGCCAUUGCAUGGAUAUUUUCCAGCAGUGGUAAAAUUGUCUUUGCUCUCCCCAAAUGA